ACGGGUAUAAAAAGAGAGAAGGUGGAUGAACACAUCUCAGUCACUGGCAGAAACGGAGACAGACAAAACCUGCAAGGCACUAGUGUUGGACAGAGCAAUGAAGUUGUUGGUCUUGGCUUUAACUGUGGCCCUGCUGUUUACAGCUGGUGAAGCCCUAAACUGCCACCGAUGUGUCUCCAAAAGGGCUGGAGAAUCAUGUGAGCUCGUAGAAGAGUCCUGUAAACCAGGGAAGGAUGCCUGCGCUGCUGCCAGCUUCCUCAGAGCACCACAUGGCCAAUACCAGAAAUGCAUGGCUCUGUCAGACUGCAAUAUGCUGCAGAUGAACGCUUACAUCGAUAUCAAGUGCUGUACCGAAGACAUGUGCAACACCUUCUAAAAUCACAAUGUAUUGGAGUAUUUUUGAGUCGCAAAAGCAUGUGUGAGUCCAAAACAGAAGUUGCUCUGUUAAUCCUUUUCUUUGACAAAUAAAAACAGUUUGACAAAGAG